AGAGAGUAAAGAGUUGACAGUCUGAGGAGCGGUUCAGGUCUCUCUCUUGCCUCUCUGAACAAGUUGCGGUUAACGUAAGGAUUUUCCAGAGUUGGACCAGGAUCUUUUUUGUCCUUCUGCGACAUGGAAACUCUAUUGGACACACAGCGAAGACUCAAGUCCCUGCUAUUAAUGUACCUCUUGGUCGUAAACGCAGCAGGUGACUGUCCUAAACCUGAGGGAGGGAACAAUACUGUCCUAACCAAUGAAUCACUUCUAAAGAAUGUUUUCCCAGAGAAUAUCAUGGUCACGUUAGAGUGUUCUAGUGGAUAUAUUAAAGAAAGCGGCUCUGAAUUUAUAACUUGCAUUAAUGAUCAAUGGACUGAGUCAGAGCUCAUCUGCAAGAAGAAAGACUGUGGUCAACCUCCACCAAAGCCACAUAUGAAGUUUGAUACAAGUGAGGGUACUCUGUUUGGUGCUCUAGUAAAAGUAACUUGUGAAAAAGGUUACCAAAUUAGCGGGUCGAGCUACAAAGAGUGCUAUGAUCAAGGGUGGAGUGGCAGAGCUUAUUGCGAAAUUGUAACAUGUGACAAACCUGCAAUACCCAAUGGCAAUACUUCAUGGGAUUCUGGAGAUGAUCCAGAAUACAGCAAUACCAUACGUUACACCUGUCAUGAAGGAUACACCCUCAUAGGGAGUGAUACUGUUGUAUGCGAUGAAACUGGUGAAUACAGUCCUGAUCAACCUGUAUGCAAUGAAGUGACAAGAGCGCCAGCUACUACUUCUCGACCACAAGUUGCCAUAACGGAUUUGACAACAACUGACGCAAAAGUAUCCACGUUUUCAGAUUCCUCUGCUGCACCCACAGUUCACAGAACUCAAACUGUCACAACCAGUUCAAUACCAAAUCUCUCAACUUUACCAAAAGUUUUCAGAGGAAAAGCUACUUCUGCCGGUAUUCUGUCAACUACAUCAUCAUCCUUUCAAGGCAUGCAUGAUGGGAAUGUAAAUACUGCCACGGAUAGUGGAACAGUGGCUGCUGUCGUCAUUGGUGCUGUGGUUUUGUUAGGUGUAAUUAUAGGUUUUUUCCUGUUGCACAAGUUUAACAUGAGAAGAAAAGGCUCAUAUGACACCAGAGAAGACCAGAAGCCGGGGUUAUUACACUUCCAAAAUCUUUAGAUUGCCUGCCUCACCCAGUUCACAUGGAAUUUCACCUUUAUGAAAAGGCCCAAGGAUGUACCAUCAAACUGUGCCUCUCUGAGUUGACGGGGAAAGACAACUUACUUUCAUUGUUGCUGCAGUUCAUUUGGCAGAUAAUCCACCGUGCUGAGCUUACAUAGUUAAAGUAUCAAACUUGGAUUGCCUUUUGUAAUAUUAUAUUUGAUUUUUGCAUUAUUUUAAACCUAAUUUGUAAAUAUUUUAUUGUACUUUAUUAUUGCUGCUUAUAUGCUAUUUAUGUUAUAAAACAGAGUAAAUACAAUAAUGUUGUUUUCUUGUUGUUCUUGCAAAAACAUUUUUUUGUUUGCAGCUUUUGAUCAAUUUUACCACCAUAACUUUACAUGUCAUGUUAUAUGUUAAUGUGUGGUUUCAUUUGUCCAGAAGAAAGGAGGUUAGAAAGAGAUGCAGUGCAUACAGUGUGGUUAAUUCAGUCAGUAGAAUGAAGUGGUGACUUCUAAAGAUACAAUCAGCUGCAUUCUUUGCCUCCUGACUUUCUUUUCAUCAUUGUCUAUUGUUGAGAUCUAAGCUGCGGAAAAAAAGAGUAAACUGCACUCCCAUGAGAAAAGGGCUGUGUAGUUUUUUUUUCUCAUUAUGUUCUUUAGUUUUUUCCUCUUUGAUCAGGCAAGAUUUGGCUCUAUUAAAUAUGAAAGGAAUUUCCAAGACCAAGGAGCAAAAUUGAUAAAAAACAAACAAACAAACAAACAAAACAUAACUGAAUGGGUUCAUUGGACAGAUUGAGAAGCUGUUGUGAAAAUGAAAAUAAUCUACUAGAUAAGAGAAAGAUUUUAUAACCUAAUUUUUGUUGUGCAUGCUACUAUUAUGCAGGUUAAAGAACAUGAUGAAGUCUUCAUCACACCUUAAAAUGUAAAAGUUUCUCUCCUAGGAGGAGAGCAUCAGUGAAUGCAUUCACUGUCAUGUCAACAGAUUAGCACAAAGCCAUUAUGCUGACAAGGGUGUGGAUCCAUACGGACACAAGCCCAAAAAUAAAAUGUGAUGAUGACUGUUUCAUUGUAUCCUGCUCAAGUGAUGUAUUUCAUUCAGUGUAAUACUUCAGCUCUAUCUCACGGCAGGAUACGCCUUCAUUAACAUAGUUGUUUGUCUUAGUUAUGCUGACAGACAUUUAAUUAUCAGAGGGAAGUCGUUUUUGUUUUUCUCAGAAACCUUGACAAUCUUGGCAAAAACAACAAUCCACCAUAAGACACCUUAAAAAUGAAAUUUAUUAUAUUUAUAAGGUUUUCUCACUGGUCGCAUGUCCACUUUGCGUUGGACUUUUUUGUAUUAAAAGGAUACAUCUGAGGAGUCUGUUUUUCUUAUUGUAACAAAAACAAAACUAACAAUUUUUUGUCCUAUAAAAGUUUUUCUUCCUUUGAAGCCAUUGUUUGUUGAGCAAAACAAAAAUCACGUCACUGAGACAUUCAGUCGCAGUAUGUGACAAAUAAACAACUGAAAAUGCCUCUGCAGGAAAAAAAAAUUAAAUAAAUGCAAUCCCCCAUAGCACACAUCACUGUCUGUCUUCAGUAGCCCGAGGCAUUUCUGGAGCAGCCAUCUAAAGGGGCCGUCUUAUUGAUGUAUUCACAGAUGCUCCAUGAUUUGUCUUAAAUUGUGGCUCUUACACUCAAUAAACUUUGUCCUCUUUCUGUUGCUCAUAUAUCGUCAGGGUGCUGGACUUUGGGUGGUGACUAAUAUACUCAGGGAAAAAAAAGAAGGUAAGGAAACAAAAUAGGUGUUAGGAUUGGAAUAUUACAUGGAGAAAUGUACAUGCUAAAAAUGCUAAAAAUUUGUCAUUCUAUCUCAUUACUAGGCAGUUAAUAGGACUUGUACUCUGUUUUUUAAAGAGAUGUUACUGUCAUGAAAUUAAAAUGACAAUCCUUAUAUAAGGUGCAUAAAGAAACAGACCCAUUUAGUCCAUUGCUAGAUGGUUGUUAGGAAACACAGUAAUGCUAUAUAAGAUUUGAUAUAGAUACGAACCUUCAAGGGCCUCAGAUUUGCAUGUGUGUCAAGUGUGGUUGCUUAACUCCUAGCAGGAGUUGGGGGACAAAUAAACAAACAAACACAGAGACAUGUUUGUUUUUGCAAACCAUCCACCAACUGAGACAAAACCACAGAUAUGAAAUGAAAAGAAAAUUCCUUGGAUUGUCGAAGUAAUUCUGUUUCCUGGCACCUAAAGCCUUUGCACAAUUUAAUCAUCCAUCCAUCCAUCAAAAGUUUUGUAACAAUUUCAGACCAAUACUGCCACCCCUAAAGCCAUGCUGCUAUCAUGAUUAAGAGUGAAGAAUCUCAUUGGGCUUCUCCUUUGAACAGAACAUUACAACAAACCCUCUAACAACAUGAUGACAAAUCCAGCGUCUGGGGAGGGAUGACGCAUGAGGAACUCACAAUAUUGGCCAGUCUUUUAAAAGGCUUAGUCACCUAGUUGUCAUCAAAGUGGCUUACCCUUUAAUUACCAGCCUUGAUCCUUUAAUUCCCACCAGUCUUGUGAUUUUCAACAAUACUCAUUUGUGCAGUUAACAAAAACAGUUUUCUGUCUAAUUUUCAUAUAUUGACCAGCCAACUUUACCGAUCCUCUUCUGUAGCUUUAACAAUCAAAUAACAAAUACAGAAGUACAAAAACGAAUGGAAAGUUGGAAAAACAAGUGAAAACAGAAAACAAGCUGGUUGUCUUUCGUGUCUGACCAAGUGUUCCACUCACCAAAUUGUGUAACAUUUAUUCUGCCUACUCUUUAACUUUGUUUUUCCACUGACCUGCCACACCCAUAGCAGCUCACUAUGUAUCAUCACUGUCAUAAAACCUUAAAAAAACUGUCACUGUCAGAAACUCUUUAAAAAGAACUGCAAGAGCAGAUUUACAGGAAAGAAAAAUAAAGGAAGGAAGUGAUAAAACCCUGGCUUUCUGAGUUCCAUGUGCUAUGCAUAAGGUUAUACUUAAAAGUAACUCCAUUAGCUCCUCCUGAUUUUCCAUUAGACUUCCAUGAGCUUUUGUCCUGUUUGUGAA